UCCCUUUUUUGGCUGCACGCACCCACUGGGCAGCUGAGGUGGAUGUGGAUCCCACCGUGACGGUGGUGAGGAUUUCACUGCCGUAUCCACCAAGAAUGAAGGAGGCCUUUUCUUUAAACGGUACUACCAAGCGAAGCGAGGCUGCGGAGACGAAGCCUAUGAACGAUAAACUGGACUACACAAACCUGCCUUGCCCCAUACCCUAUGAAGAAAUCAACCGUGAAGCUCUCAUGUCUUUACGGCCAGAAUGUUUUGAGGGGAUGCGCUUUGAUUUCACUAAAGGACUCAAUCAGAAGUUCUCCCUUAGCCACAGUGUACUCAUGGGACCUAUGACAGUUCCUUCUCAGUCUCCUGAAACCAUAAAAAUCCCUACUGCUCACUAUGAGUUUGGUGCAAAUUUUAUAGACCACCCAAAGUUGAUGCUUUUCGGGAGGGUAUUAACAGACGGAAGACUUAAUGCUAGAGUGAAGUGUGACUUGACUGACAAUCUCACUUUGAAGGCUAAUGCUCAGCUUACAAAUGAGCCGCACAUGUCUCAUGGCAUGGCCAGUUUUGAUUACAAGGGCUCAGACUACAGAUCCCAGAUUCAAGUGGGAAAUGGGGCCUUAUUGCAAGCAAGUUACAUCCAGUCGGUGACUCCACAUUUCUCUUUGGGUGGUGAAGUAUUCUGGGCUGGUCAGCAUCGAAAGUCAGGCAUCAGUUAUGCGGCGCGGUUCAACACUGAGAAAAUGGUUGCUACAGGACAGGUUGCUAGCACUGGAAUGGUUGCUUUGAGCUACGUUCAGAAACUAUCCGAAAAGGUUUCACUAGCGUCAGACCUCAUGUACAACCACAUGUCAAGAGACGUCACAGCAAGUGUUGGCUAUGAUUAUGUCCUCAGACAGAGUCGUCUUAGAGGGAAGAUUGAUUCCAAUGGCUGCACGGCUGCUUUUCUUGAAGAGAGAUUAAGUAUGGGUCUUAAGUUUAUUCUUUCUGCAGAGAUGGAUCACAAGAAGAAAGACUACAAAUUCGGGUUUGGGUUGGCGGCAGGAGAAUAGAUGCAAAAGCUGAAGGGCUGUUACUGUGAAAUUUUAUAAAAGCUCAUAAUUACUACAAGAAGAAAGACUACAAAUUCGGGGUAGGAUUUGUAUUUUGCUCAUCUGGCAGUUGAAGAUGUUUUGGCUCAAGUUGGCAGGACUAAUUCAAAAUAUCUGUAAUUAUACAAGCCAUGUUAUGGUUAUAACUAGAACUUGGUGAAUUGUUGUAGUAUGUAUGGUACUGCUGUGACUUUUAUGAAAUAGAUUGAGAAUUUUGUUCUUCUCUCAAAA